AGGCGCCCCGUUGGGUCAGGGGAGCAGGGAGGCGGUGCCGCGCAGGCGCCGUGGCUGGCGGUAGCGGCGGCGGUGUUAGCGGCGGCAGCUGUGUGGGGGUUCCGGGAAGAUGGUGCUGAUUAAGGAAUUUCGUGUGGUUUUGCCAUGUUCUGUUCAGGAGUAUCAGGUUGGGCAGCUUUACUCUGUUGCAGAAGCUAGUAAGAAUGAGACUGGUGGUGGAGAAGGAAUUGAAGUCUUGAAAAAUGAACCUUAUGAAAAGGAUGGUGAAAAGGGACAGUAUACACACAAAAUUUAUCAUCUAAAAAGCAAAGUUCCUGCUUUUGUGAGGAUGAUUGCUCCUGAGGGCUCCUUGGUGUUUCACGAGAAAGCCUGGAAUGCAUACCCCUACUGUAGAACAAUUGUAACGAAUGAAUAUAUGAAAGAUGAUUUCUUCAUAAAAAUUGAAACUUGGCACAAACCAGACUUGGGAACAUUAGAAAAUGUACAUGGUUUAGAUCCAAAUACAUGGAAAACUGUUGAAAUUGUCCACAUAGAUAUAGCAGAUCGGAGUCAAGUUGAACCAGCAGACUACAAAGCUGAUGAAGACCCCGCAUUGUUCCAGUCAGUCAAGACCAAGAGAGGCCCUCUGGGACCCAACUGGAAGAAGGAACUAGCAAACAACACUGACUGUCCUCAGAUGUGUGCCUAUAAACUGGUGACGAUCAAAUUCAAGUGGUGGGGACUGCAAAGCAAAGUAGAGAACUUCAUUCAGAAGCAAGAAAAAAGGAUAUUUACAAACUUUCACCGCCAGCUUUUUUGUUGGAUUGACAAGUGGAUUGAUCUGACAAUGGAAGACAUUAGAAGAAUGGAAGAUGAAACACAGAAAGAACUAGAAACAAUGCGUAAGAAGGGUUCCGUUCGAGGCACGUCGGCUGCUGAUGUCUAGAUGAGUCCCCUGUAGGGUCAGAGACAAUAUCAAACUGUUUACGUAAUCAAGGUCAAGUGAGGGGAACAAGUGCAGCCAGUGAUGAGUGAAGAAGAAUCUGAACAGUAUCUUGCAGUGUUGAUGUUCCCAGAUGUGUGCUUGUGCUAACAGCUCACAUGCACAGGUUCCCAACCACGUGUGUAUAUAUGUUUGUGUGUGUAUAUAUAUCUGUGGCUGUAUAUAAAGCGCAUGUAGAGCUACAGAUUAGAAUACACACACUUGUGUAUAUAUGUACAUACAAACAUACUGAAGGGAUUAGUACAAUUUCUCCAAAGUACUGUACCUAUCUUCAGCAAGAAUGCAAAAGAAAAUAUUUUCAAUAUAUAUACCUGGAACAAAUUUUAAUAAUUAUCAGAGUAAUACCAUUCAUGGACAAAUUGACUGCAAUGUAAUACUAGCUGGUAUGUCUCAUAAAUGUCAAGUUGUGGACCAAUAUAUAUAUAUAGAGACUUUUAUUACUUUUCUGUUCUUUUAAAUCAGUCUCUUAUAAAUCUUUAUUUUAGUCCUAUAAGCAACAGACUCCCACAGAGAAAUUUACUCAAAAGCUUUUAGUAUUCCAGUGAAUCCAGAAUGUAAACUCUGAAUGUAUUUAUAACGAUUUAUUUCUGAAUGGUUAUUAUCUUACAGCCAGUUGGACAAUAUCUGUUAGUAAAGAGUAAAAUUAUAGGCCAGUUUUUACUUGUUUGCCCCUAGGGAAGAAUCCUUUUAAAAAAAAAAUUCCAGUUUUUAUUGGAUUUUGUAUUUUAAAUUUCAAAUAUUUUUCUACAUCAAACCUAGCAAAAAUGGAGAUGAUGGCUUGUGAUUUAUAAUAAACACUGUACAAUUUUCAGGCUUCUGUUAGACAAACAAAGAAAUUGAUGAAGAAAUUAAUAGUGUUGUCGGCUGUUUAGAGAAAUUGGAAGUACAGCACUUCCACACGGAGUCUUAUUUCUGAAAUGACUGUUUUCUGAAAUUACAGCUUGGAAACUAUGCAAAUGAUGUAGAUUACUCACAGCUCACACGAUAGAAUAUAGACAGUGAAGAUGUUUUGCUCUUUUUCUUGUUGAAAUACACUUUAUGGCGAGAUGCUGACUUUUGAGAUAGGAAAUUUUCAGGCGCAGCGCAAAGCUGGCCCGCACAGGGAAGAGGCCCUGCUGAGGGCCAGUGCGCCUCCUCCCUCUCAGAGUGCUCUUGAGCAGGAUGUCUUUGGAGCAUGUCCUGAAUAAGCACCAGGAAAACUGCUGGUUACAAGCUGCUGCCAUGUUUUGUCCCCCAUUUUUUGAAAAAGAAACAAUAGCUAGGUGAGAUUUGUAUCAGCCUUCUCUGUCCAGAUCCCGUUUUUCUCCUGUCAGUCCUAGAAGCUUGAAUGCAGUGAUGUUGUUGAAGCCUUCAGGUCACAAACUGUCUUCUUUAACCGAUCAUCCCUCCUGGAACAUGCCAGCCCCUGUAGUCACAUCACAUUAGUAAUCUGAUUUGCUGACAGGCCUGCCGUCCCCACUCCUCGUUUCCCCACAUGUCCUGUGUCCCCACGGAAGUGAUUGCAGUGACUCAGACAAGGGUGUUUAGGAUCACUACUGCGUUACGAUGCCCUGUUACCCUCCGCAGAAAACCUCAUAGUGCGUGCGGAUGUCCUCUUGUGUACUCAGGGUCACAACUGACGUUUACUCUCCGGACACUGUUGUAAGAUAGGUUUUGUCAAAGCAUAAUCAUUGUCUGCAAAGUGUUUGGUGUGAGGAAGAUUAUUGCUAAUUUUGUGAAAUAAAAAGUCUAGCCCUCUCCAUUUAAUGAACUUAACUCUCGUUGGCAUCUGUAGCAUCAUUGGGAGCUUAGGCGCACAUGGAAAUGAGAGCCCGGUGCAUGGAUUUUAAUGUUUUUCUAACAACUGUGGAGAUUUGAGGGAAUGUGUGGUGAAUGUAAAAUACCUAGUUUACUUGGCAGUCUCUCGUGUAAAUUACAGUAAAACAAAGUAAAUGAAAUUUAAACAAAAAAUAAAUUUGAUCACAAAAUGCCA